AUGUCCAAACAUGAUACCAAGAACUUGUCAGAAAGAGGAGAAAGUGACAGGACAAAGGGAAAAAUGGAAUACUACAAUUACGUGUCCCGCAGCCGCUAUGUGACCCGGGCGCUGUCGGCUGAGGAGGCCACCUUCCCGCUGGCCUAUGCACUGGCGCUGCACAAGGACUUCGCCACCUUUGAGCGCCUCUUGCGCGCCAUCUAUGCGCCCCAGAACCUGUACUGCCUGCACGUGGACCGCAAGGCGCCCACCGCCUUCCAGCGGGCCGUGGCCAGCCUGGCCGCCUGCUUCCCCAAUGUCUUUGUGGCCUCGCAGCCCGAGCGCGUGGUCUACGCCGGCAUCUCCCGCCUGCAGGCCGACCUGCGCUGCCUGCGGGACCUGGUGGGCUCCUCCGUGCCCUGGCGCUACUUGCUCAACGCCUGCGGGCAGGACUUCCCGCUGCGCACCAACCUGGAAGUGGUGCGCUACCUGCGGAGCUGGCAGGGCCACAGCCUGACGCCCGGCGACCUCCCGCCCGCCCACGCCCAGGCCCGCACCCGCUACGUGUACCAGGAGCACCUGGGCAAUGCCACUGACGCUGCCGCCGCCUGGGUGGUGGUGCGCACCCCGCGCCGCAAGGCCCCGCCACCCCGCAACCUCACCGUCUACUUUGGUUCUGCCUACGUGGCCCUGGCACGGCCCUUUGUGGAGUUCGUACUGCGCGACCCGCGGGCCACUGAGCUGCUUUCCUGGUCUCAGGACACCUAUAGCCCCGACGAGCAUUUCUGGGUGACGCUCAAUAGGAUCCCAGGUGUCCCUGGCUCCAUGCCCAAUGCAUCAUGGGAAGGUGACCUGAGAGCUAUAAAGUGGAAAGAUAUGGAAAAGAAACAUGGAGGUUGUCAUGGCCGUUAUGUCAGAGACAUUUGUAUAUACGGAACAGGUGACCUCAAGUGGCUAUAUAACUCGACAUGUUUGUUUGCCAAUAAGUUUGAGCUCAAAACCUAUCCACUCACUGUUGAAUGCCUGGAAUUGAGACUGCGAGAGAGAGCCCUCUCACAGAGUGAAAUUCAGGUGGACCCAAACUGGUACUUUUAGAUUAAAGCCCAGAAAUGGAAAUAAGUUCAGUUGCUGAAGUUGUGGAAGAAGAACCUCCCUCAAAAGACAUCUGAUGUUCAUCACUGGCAGUUCAAAGAGAAGACUGGACUCCAUAUCUCACAACUCAUCAUCACAGGGCCAGAGACCAAAGGAGAAAGAUUUGAAGUGAAGGCUGGGGUAAAGAGAGUCUUGGGCCUGCUGUAUUUGCACUUUUGCCACUUUUGUGGCUAGCUUGUUUCACGGUGCUGACUUUUGCUUUACUGUGUUACUGUCUUGUUCUAUACCCACAUAGAAUCAUGCGUCUCUAGAGUUUUAUAGACCUAAACAAUAUCCAGAACAUGCUGCUUAAUUCUUACCCUUCUUUGUAAGGUAGAAACAAUCAACAAGAUCUUAAAAAUAAUCCAGAUACAGAAAGUAAAAUAUUUGGCCAAAUCUCCCACAAACAAAUGGUUGACAUGGUGGAUAGAUGGCACAGUAUUGAAAGUUGGAAAUUAGAGGACCACUUCCAGAUUUCCUCAAACAUUUCUAAAAUAUUCUUGAGAGUCUGGGGAGGAGGAGAUGUUUUCUACUGGAUGGGUGGUAGCUGAACUUAGGAGAUACAUCCACAACUACAUCCUUUUUGAGAUAAUGCUAGUAGUCUCCCCAAGUUUUAUUACUCUGGACUAAUGUACUGCACAGAAAAUCCUCUUUAGCUGUUGCUCACACUAUCUUGCAGAAAUGAGCCACUACAGCAUAACACAUUUUAGCUGGUCUAAUAUUCCAGUUAUGUAAUAAAAAUCUUGUUCCAAAGCCCACUGAAGAUAAGUCACAAUUGAUUAGGUCAGGGCAUUACCGGGUAUGUGACAGAAAAAUGUAUUUCUGAAAGUUCUGGGCAUUAAAGUCUGUCACACAUACAGUACAUUGGACACAUAGUGUUUACCUUAGAAUUCUUCCAAAUGGGAAUAGGAUACUUUUCUUUCUGAAAAAAGAAAAGUGGAGUAAGAGAAGAACAGGUAUAUGCCAUUUCCUUUAGUUCUCCCAGGUGGGAUAUGGCACAGGAUUAGAAAAAUUUCAUCUGCCAAAGGAAGUCAGGGCAGACACUUGGAUAAAUUCUUGUUCAAGUUCUCCAGGGGAACAUCUCAAGUUCUCUCUGGGCACCAGAGGUACUGCAGCUAGCAAGGUAAGGAGGCCACUAAAGAGAAAGGUAUCAAAGGUGACAAUUCAGAAAAUCACUGGUGAUUUCAGAGUCUAUUUUAUGGAGUAUUUUUGAGAUAACAUGCUAAGGAGUAUAAUAGUCAAAAGACGGAUGCUUGGCUUUUUCUGAAAAAGAGGCCUCAACAUGUCAAGCGAGCAUCCAGAAAAGUGAACAUGAAGUGAAACGAAGUCUAGACUAAGGCUGCCUAACUAGCAGUGCAUGGGCUGCAUGUAGUCCCCAAGGGUUCUGUGGUCCCCAGAUUCCAGUCUGGGUACCACCCCCUCCCAUUACUCUCCUGCUGCUGCUGCCCCUGGCUUUCAGGUUCCCCCUCCCUUCUUCAGCUUCCACUUGAUUCUGCACCUGGGAGUCGGGAUGGCAGGGCCUACAAGGCUGAGAGAACCUGUGCCCAGGAGGCUCAGGGGACUUGGAGACUGGUGUAGCACAGCAGUGGUUGUCCAAAGUACUGCAGGGGGGGCACACAGCAUAGUGUGCAUCCCAUACAACAAGCAGCCCAGGGAGUUUGUGGCACACAAGGCAUGUGGCUGGGGAGUCUGUAGCCCCUGACCAUUCAGAAGUUUGACAGCCCUGGUCUAGACCAAGAAAUAAAGGGAAAGGAAGGCAGUCCCAGCAAUGACCUCAAUAGGGAGAACAAAGUGAAGAGACUAACUUUCAACUGUUCCAGGCUCUGAAAGCCAGAAGAUACAUUAGGGCAGAGGCAACAAGUGAGUUAUUUAAACAAAAGGAUUAUUUUGCACUGAAGCUCCCUUCAAGGAACUAGAACAAGUGGAGAACUCUCAGGAUUGGAUCAUGUUUACCCAUUUCAGUUAGUCAAUACACUGCAUAAUCUUGAAAAACCUAAAGAAAGAGAGUGUUUUACUUAUAAAUACCACAAUCCAAAAAGCUGGCAUAGUCCAAACCACUGGGGUUUUUUUGUUUUUGUUUUACUUUGUUAUUCAAUAAAUUGUC